UCCGGACGAUGGAAGAUUGGAAGUAUUGAUUGCAAAUACAACUUGGAUUUUAUCGAUGGUCUUAGUACUCUGCACCGACAUAAUCCUUAGUUUAAACAAAAGAAGUAGUGUCGUAAUCCAUGAAUUAAGGUAGCAUGUGAAGCCAUCUUCUUGGUAGAGUAAGUUGCAGAUAAGCUGGAGGUGUCUUAAAUGAGUCAUGGAGGCUGUCAGAAGGUGCAAGAGGCUGACCAGAAAACGAGGAACUUAAAUGAUACUGAAACAGAGCAGCUGGAGAGGAAAUAACAGAGGAGCUGAAGCUCACUGAAAUCGAAGAAAAGAAAAAAGCUCAAGCUUGUUGCAGCAAAGAUGUGGAAACUUAAAGUUGCAGAAGCAGGAAGUCCGUGGCUUCGGAGUUUAAACAAUCACUCAGGCCGCCAAAUUUGGGAGUUUGAUCCCAACCUUGGAUCCCCAGAAGAGCUGGAAGAGAUCAAAAAGGUUCGAGAAACUUUUCGGGAAAAUCGCUUCAGCCAAAAACAGAGCUCUGAUCUCCUCAUGCGCAUUCAGUUUGCACAUGAGAAUCGAGAUAGAGUAGUCUUACCACGUGUCGAUGUAAAAGAUAUAGAUGACAUAUCAGAGGAGAAAGUAACGGCAACAUUAAGGAGAGCAUUGAGUUUCCAUUCAACUCUCCAGGCUCAUGAUGGACACUGGCCAGGAGAUUAUUGCGGUCCACAGCUUUUUAUGCCAGGUCUUGUUAUAACUCUAUCAAUAACCGGCCGACUGAAUGUAAUUCUAUCAGAAGAACAUAAACGUGAGAUUUGUCGGGCUUUUUACAAUCAUCAGAACAGUGAUGGCGGGUGGGGUUUACACGCUGAGGGUCCAAGUACUAUGAUUGUUACUGUUCUGAGCUAUGUCAGUUUGAGGCUGCUUGGGGAAGGAGCUAAUGACGGCCAAGGGGCAAUGGAAAAUGCCCGUCAAUGGAUUUUGGAUCAUGGUGGUGCCAUUUCAGUAUCAUCAUGGGGGAAAAUGUGGCUUUCAAUUCUCGGUGUCUUUGAAUGGUCAGGAAAUAAUCCUGUGCAACCGGAGAUAUGGAUGUUACCUUAUAUUCUACCAACUCACCCCGGAAAAAUGUGGUGUCACAGUCGGUUGAUUCAUCUGCCGAUGUCAUACUUAUAUGGCAGGAGGUUUGUCGGCCCAAUCUCAUCAACAGUGCUAGCUCUGAGAGAGGAGAUAUUUAAUGUCCCUUAUCAUGAAAUAGAUUGGAAUCAAGCACGCAACUUAUGUGCAAAGGAAGAUCUGUUUUAUCCACGCCCUCGCCUACAGAAUAUACUUUGGGGAACACUCGAUAAGGUCGUGGAACCUCUUUUAAUGCAUUGGCCAGGGACCAAGUUAAGAGAGAAAUCGCUUCGUACUGUUAUGGAACACAUACAUUAUGAGGAUGAGAAUACUCGGUAUAUAUGCAUAGCACCCAUAAAUAAGGUGUUAAAUAUGCUAUGCUGUUGGGUGGAAGAUCCAAAUUCUGAGGCUUAUAAGUUGCAUAUUGCACGAGUCUAUGAUUAUCUAUGGGUUGCUGAGGAUGGCAUGAAGAUGAAGUGUUAUAACGGAAGUCAAUUAUGGGAUACAGCUUUUGCGGUUCAAGCAUUUAUAUCAACUGAACUUACUCAAGAAUAUGGUCCGACUCUCAGAAAAGCACACAUGUUCAUAAAAAACUCACAGGUGGUCGAUGAUUGCCCAGGUGACCUUGACCUCUGGUAUCGCCAUAUUUCGAAGGGUGGUUGGACUUUCUCCACUGCGGAUCAGGGAUGGCCAGUUACAGAUUGCACUGCAGAAGGAGUCGAGGCUACGCUUCUACUGUCAAAAUUGUCACCAGAGCUUGUCGGAGAACCAAUAGAUGUCAACCGGCUGUAUGAUGCUGUUAAUCUUCUUCUUUCUCUACAGAAUAGUGGUGGUGGCUAUGGAACAUAUGAACUCACCAGAUCCUAUAGUUGGAUAGAGAUACUUAACCCUUCUGAGAUAUUCAUUGACAAUUCCCUCGACUACCCUUGGGUUGAAUGUACAUCAUCAGUAAUUCAAGCUUUGUCAACUUUUAAGAAAUUCCAUCCAGGACAUCGUCGGGAAGAAAUAAAUAUUUGUAUUGAAAAAGCUGCUUUGUUUAUUGAAAAAUUACAAGCACCGGAUGGCUCAUGGUAUGGUUCUUGGGGAGUUUGCUUUACCUAUGGCACAUGGUUUGGCAUAAAAGGUUUAGUAGCGGCAGGAAGGAGCUUUGCGACUUGCUCUGCUAUUCGCAAGGCUUGUGCUUUCUUGUUGUCCAAGCAAGUUGCUUCUGGUGGCUGGGGAGAAAGUUAUCUUUCUUCUCAGGACAAGGUAUAUACAAAUCUUGAGGGCGAUAAGUCUCACGUUGUGAAUACAGGAUGGGCUAUGCUUGCUCUCAUUGAUGCUGGACAGGCCGAGAGGGAUGCUACACCAUUGCACCAUGCAGCAAAACUCUUGAUUAAUUCUCAAAUGGACAAUGGAGAUUUUCCACAACAGGGGGUCAUGGGUGGCUUCACUAGGAAUUGUUGGGUCACUAAUGCCGCAUACAGAAACAUUUUUCCGAUAUGGGCUCUCGGAGAAUACAAAUGUCGAGUUCUUGGAGGCCGUCCAUGACUUGUAGUAGUGAUGUUUUCUCCCCCUGCAUACGAUGAUUAUGUUAUUUGGUUAUGCGUCUCACUGGUAAUCGAAUGUUGAAUUAGUAUUAAGUUAGCUGGAAUUUAAUAAAUGUGUACUCAGGCAGGUUUUGACGUUUAAAAUUUUAUUAAAAAAAAUAAUAAUAAACAUUAUGAAACUAUACCUCAUAGAAAGUACGUAGACAACCUGCUGGGACGGAGAGAUUACUUUGUAUUUUUUUUUUGAUUAAAGAUUACUUUGUAUUUAGUGAUUUGAACUAAUGUGGUGGUACAUAGCUACCUGCAAGGAAUGAUCCAUUGAGCUCAUAUUUCUUAAAUGAGAGACUAUUACUCCUUGUCCACACAA